GGGAGGGGCCGCCCUGUCACAGGUGCGGAUGCGGCCGGAGAGCGUCCCUUCCUGGGGGGGGCGGGCACCGGGCGUCUCCGCGCCGCUUCGGUCCACCUCGCCCCGAACCACGCCCAGAGUUUGGGCUAGUAGCAAUGGGGUGGGGGGAAGAAGAAGCAAUCUAAGAGUUAUUACCGUUAGCAGCGAAGUCAGCGACUAACGUCGAAGACAGAGAUUGCGUUUCCCUUCACUUCCGCCCCGUAGCCCCGGGAACCGGAAAUCCGGCUGCCCCGGGUCACGUGCUCAGCCGCCAUAUCAGCUCGGCUGGCUGCUGCGGCCGGGAGGGGGUGUGCUAGUGACGCUACUCUGGGCGUGGUUUUCAUUCUCGGGGAAGGGUCCGUGGAGUUUGAGGGGAGGUGGCGGAGAUGGCGGCCUCGGCGUGGGAAGAUGGCGCCCGCGGCCAAAAGCAAGGGCGGCGGGGCUGCGAGCACUAUGACAGAGGAUGUCUCCUGAAGGCACCUUGCUGUGACAAACUUUAUACUUGUCGGUUGUGUCAUGAUAACAAUGAAGAUCAUCAGCUAGAUCGCUUUAAAGUAACGGAAGUGCAGUGCAUAAAGUGUGAAAAAAUUCAACACGCCCAACAGACUUGCGAAGAAUGUAGCACAUUGUUUGGGGAAUAUUAUUGCAGUAUAUGCCAUCUCUUUGACAAAGACAAGAAGCAGUAUCAUUGUGAAAACUGUGGAAUUUGUAGGAUUGGUCCAAAGGAAGACUUUUUCCAUUGUUUGAAAUGUAACUUAUGCCUAGCUAUGAAUCUCCAAGGAAAGCACAAGUGUAUUGAAAAUGUUUCCCGGCAGAAUUGUCCAAUAUGUUUGGAGGACAUUCACACAUCCCGUGUUGUUGCUCAUGUCUUGCCAUGUGGACAUCUUUUACAUAGAACGUGUUAUGAAGAAAUGUUGAAAGAAGGCUACAGAUGUCCAUUAUGUAUGCACUCUGCUUUAGAUAUGACUCGGUACUGGAGACAGCUGGAUGAUGAGGUAGCACAGACUCCUAUGCCAUCAGAGUAUCAGAACAUGACUGUGGAUAUUCUCUGCAAUGAUUGCAAUGGGAGAUCUACAGUCCAGUUCCAUAUAUUAGGCAUGAAAUGUAAUAUUUGUGAUUCCUACAAUACUGCUCAAGCUGGAGGAUGUAGAAUUUCACUAGAUCAGCAAUGACCAGCGUAUACUACACUGGAAAACUCAGCAUUUUCUGAUCUAGAAAAAGGCUAUCUUUAGUAUUCUGUUGUCAUAAUGUGUCCGAAACUAUGCAUUAGAGUUGAUGUGUUUUGUACUAGUGUCACAGCAUAAAAUCAUAUUACAUGUACUUAAGGAUUCAGGGUCUCUUUAUAGAAUUAUCAUAGCUUUAUAUUGGAUGAAAGCCACUGUGCUUGUGUUUUGAUUGGAAAUUCCUUUAGUGUCAGUUGUUUGGAAGCCAAUGAUGUUUGCCGCUGAAAUUCACAUCCAUAGAGGUAUAUUAUACUUCCAUGGGACUUUGCUUUAAGUGACACUAUGCACGAAGAGUUCAUUUCUAGUUCUUGAUAGAACUGCACUUAUUUCUCAGUAUUAUUCUUGACUUUUUAAGGGCUGUGCUAUAAUGAGAAUAUGUUCUGUCUUACUGUUGAAAUCUUACUACACAUACUUUAGAAUUUUCUAAGACAGUCCUUUGGAUCCUGUAAAUGUGAAUUUUGAUGUAAUAACUGUUAAUAAAAUUAUAUUGAAACAGUGUUUUAU